CCAGAAGCUUCUUACGAGUGUAAAAUGCUGUCGAAGUUAAUUUUGGCGCCCAACCUAAACUAAAACCCUAGACUACUUUUUUUUGCUAAGCUAAGCAACAGCAAUUAGCCGGAAAAUAUGUCAGGCUUGAAGUUCGUCGCUGAAAGAACCGGUGACGGAGCCGGGCAGCCAUUCCUCGACACCGACAACGGCGAGGAACUCAUGUAUGUUCAGCCUGGAACUGCUGUAGUCCUCGGCAGCCGCCCUCCUGAGUCACCUGGCACUCUCUAUAUCACCUCCAAGCAAGUGGUGUGGCUAAGCGAUACUGAUAGGAGUAAAGGUUAUGCAGUUGAUUUCUUGUCUGUUUCACUUCAUGCGGUCUCUAGAGACCCCGAGGCUUAUCGGGAUCCUUGUUUAUAUGCUCAGAUUGACAAUGGAGUGGAGGAUGAUGAAUCAGAAGGUUCCAGUGAUGAAGGUGAUGUGUCAUCAGAUUUAUCAAGGAUCACUGAGUUGAGACUUGUGCCAUCAGAUCCUAAUCAAGUGGAUACUCUCUUCCAGAUCUUUUGUGAUUGUGCUGAGCUUAAUCCUGAACCAAUUGAAGAGGAGGAGGAACAUAAUUGGAUCUUCAGCGCAGAUCAGCUGGAAAAUCAGGAAGCUGAAGAAGAUUCUGAAUGGAUGAUUUCUCCAAAUUCUACACAUCCAAUUGGUCGUUCAAAUGGGGAUCACGACUUAGCUCAUAAUGUACUUCAGCUUCAGAUUAAUGAUCAAAGGUUUGAAGAUGCGGAGGAAAUGGACAGUGACACCAAAAAUGGCUAUAACCAUUCCUAGUCAAGAUUACCUUAAAGUGUGUCAACCUGGUGGAGCUUUUCUCAUUUCAGAUUCAGAGUUUCUUGUGCUACUUGCUGAUUUGGAUGAACAGAGUUUUUGCGAAAAUGAUUAGAAUUCUAUACAGGAACUAGUAGUUUUAUUAUGUCAUAAAUAGUGAUCCAUGAUUAAUGCGAGCUGAGAUGAUAUAGCUCAGUUGUAGGUACCUUCCCUUGGUUUUUUUCCUGUAUUGUGCUGUUCCUUCUGUUUAUAACCUGAGUUAUGAUGACCUUAAGGUUUUUGGGGAUACUUGUACACAUAAAUUUGGUUAAACAUUUCGGUAUCUUGCCCAAAGAAGCAAUGAACGAGAGCACAACUUUCUAGCUCUCAUUUCAAGUGCCUGGA